CCGACGACCGACAACGCCGUUCACCGUCGCAACAACGCUUAGCAGUCCGCCACACGAACAACCGCAACGCAGACGCUUUACCUGAGCUUGAUAGCUCGUCGUCCACAGGCACCGCGACUUCAACCGGACCGGUGUCUUCACAAGUACCCGCAGUGUGUCUAGUCCACAGAGUAUUCCCCGGUUACAGCGUCAACGGCCGAGCAGAGUACACACUAUCACGACGACUCGGUGACUCAUCGUCCAAAAUCGAGGUUCUCGAACGAUGACCGCAGUGACCGGCCGUCGCCGCGGCCCGGACGACGCCACAUCAUCGACACGGUGACGCGGGUCACCUCGGUGAAGACCAUCGGGACAACAGCAACGGCCAUGAGAACGGCAGCGGUGGUGCUGCUGGCCGUAUCUUCGUUGUUGGCGACCACCCUAGGUCAACAACAGCGAGGCGGUUCAAUCGUCGGAUCGUGGCCAUCGACAUCCAGUGAUGAUUACACGGACGAGUCAGAGUUAUUUUCUCAGCCCCAACAGACUUUCGUCACCAACUCUGGGCCGUUCCGACAUCAGUAUUUGUUGCAGCAACAACCACAACUGUCCACCGCGGUGUCUACCGCAUCUGCGCCGUUCCAACAACAGGAACAGCAGGACGACCGGCAGAGGCAACAACGACAACAGUUUACCGGAUUCUUUCCCGAGCAGCAACCUCAGUUCCAACAGUCAACCCGCUUUUUGAGGCCCUCGGCGCAGACCGCCUCACCCGGAUGGCGAUGGCAACCGGCUGGCCCCGAAAUUGUCGAAAACCAAUCGGCGGAACAGCUUGGCAGUGGCCGUAGACAGCAACAGCAACCGCAACAACAGCCUCUGGUCGGCUUUACGGCUCUCGUGCGGCACGAUGAGCCGGCUCCGGCGGUGACCACUCACCGGCCGCAACAACCGUGGAGAAAUGCGGCUUCCUCGACGUCCGGACCGUCGAACACCAACUGGAGACCGACCACGUUUAGUCCACCGAUCGCCCAUCGGUUUACUACCGUGACCAACAUUAGAUCCACGCCAGCUGCCGCACAACCUUCCCGACCAGGUAGAUUACAAGCGUCGUCCACUUCGGUCGAAGAACAGUUUCCGACAAGACCGUCUCAACAGCAACAACCACCGCGACGCAGACGACCCAACGAUAGCGUCCAAUCGACACAACCUCCGGUCACUACAUUGAGACCGUCACGUGCUCGAAGCCAGGUCCACCCGGUAUCCACUAACAGGCCCACCACGACCACUACUAAACGACCAACACAAUCGGUGCCCCUAGACACAGACUACGAGUACGUGUAUGAGAUUGAUGACGACUCUACUACCGAAAGCACGGCUACUACAAGUCGUAGCACAACAGCAGCACCGUCGAGGAAACCUCCGACGUUGGCCGAAAAGAAAAAGAUCAACGGACCGUCUACAGAGAGCGGACGGACGGUAACCGUCGUGCAGAGUAGCCGAUCGUCAGUUUCGUCGUCUGUGCCAAAACAGUCAACUACGAUCACCACUACUACAGCGUCACCCGCGACGGCUGAAAGUAUAGUCGAUAAACUUGACAGAGUACAAUCUGGACUUGCCGACGGCGUUUUGUUAAACCGAUUAUAUCAACAACAACACGAAGUUGACGCUUCAACGGUCGCCACGUCCACUACUACUAGCACUACCACUGCCCUUCCAAUAACGACUUCUUCUACUACUACUACCACUACUACCCCGUCUACUACAACGACCACAACAACCACAACUACAUUACCACCGCCAAAGAGCACUACGCGAAGAAACGAUGACGACGACGAUGAUGACGAUGAUGGAGGAAGCGAUGAUGAUAGUGGUACUAAGUUUGUCCGCAAGUUUGUGCCAUCCAAGCCCCGAACGUCGACCGCCGGUAUCACAGGUAGCACGACCGCUAAGCCCGCUAAAAAGAAGAGUUUACUUGACUCCGUCAUCUUCAACGAAGAACCGUUGUCGGCCGGUCUCCUUCCGCCCGGUUUCGACGUCCGUCCAGCUCCGGCCUAUAGAGCUAAGGCUACCACGACCACCACCAGCACUACUACGGCGACACCGUCUACGGCCGCAGUGACUACGGAAAAAGCAAUUAAGAUCAAAUUUGUUGACGCGGCCGAAGCUUUGCCGCCAGGCUUGCUACCUCCGGGUUACAAGCCACUAGAAGAAGAACCAGAGAAAGAGUCUAGCGCAUCGACCAGUACCACCACUACCACUACAACAACGACCACGACAGUCGCGCCAUCGACGACAGCAGUUAGCAGUGGAGUAGUUUUCCCCGGCGGACCAGCCACCAGGAAGCCGCUCCCUCCGCCGAAGAAGCAUGGUGCUCCGCAACCCGCAGCGGUCGCCAUCCAAAAAGGCUGGCCAGUCAGGGCAACGACAGAAUUUUCGGGAUGGCCAUCUUCAGCGCCCACGGAAGAAGCAAGUACCACCGCCACGGUCACUUCUAGUACCACCACGACUGCGGCCACAACUACUACCACAACGACCACGACUACGACGACCCCGCGACCGCAGUCGACGACGCCGGGCGUGUGCCGUGGAGGUGAGGUCGAAAACAACGGUAAAACUGGCUGCGAGCUUGUCGGCACAGUGAGACUAACAGCAGGGACUCAAUGGUCUCCAGAUCUGUGGGAUCACAACUCGCCUGGUUGGAGACGCCUAGCGCGAGACGUUGAAGCACAGUUGGACUCCGCGUACGCCGCGUCACCGGCGUUAGGACGGUGGUACCGUCAAAAUGGAGUGACCGUCGACUCAUUCAGUCCUGGCGGCGGUGCCGAUGAGGGAAGCGUGCUCGUCGACUAUUUUGUCAAACUGGACACGGGCGGCAGAGGCGAGGUGAGCACGGCCGAGCUGCGGCGCAUGCUGAAUGAGGCAUUGGCGACUAACGGCGGAGAAGGCGAUUCUCUUAAGUUGGGCACGUUCGCAAUAGAUCCGGCAAGGACGGACUUUGUCGUGUUGCCGCCGGGUAGUGGCGGAUUUGGUGGAUCAGCCGGAGCCGGAGGCAAUAGCGAGGAUCCCACCACCGCGUCGUGGCUACCCCGAUGGGCGGCCGCUGUGGCCGUAGUGGGUGCAUUGGCCACCGGUCUGUCAGCUCUGGUAUACUUUGGAGUUCAUGUGCUUGUUGGCCGCAGAAACCGCCGGGCUACCGGCAAGAAACAGGUCGACGACGACGGAUGGCGGCACCACGGUACCAUGGGCACCGGGUACACGGGUACCACUAAAACGGCAGGUAGAGCUCCUGCACCACUGCCAGCCCCGCAACACAGGCCACCGCCGUACAAUUACGGGUAUGACGAUUUCGACGACGGUGACACAGUAACGCUGGACGCCGAUGAUCUAUUGGACGACGACGACCACCCCAACAUCCGCGGAUGGGAAGCAGUGUCCACCCAGAAAAAGCUCGGUGCAAAUUACCAGCAGUACCGAAGUGGUGGAGGAGGAGGAUACGGAGGAGGAAACGGAGGAUACGACAGCUGGAGGUCAGUGGUUGCACCGCCGAUGACCGUGGCUCCUGCGCCGCCACCGCCGGCCUACGGCUAUGAGACUGGCACCAGCUCUAGGUACUACAGAUCGGACCCUUACCAUCAUCACCAACAGUCCCAGCGGUACGAAGGCACUAGUAGAAAACCGCCAUACCAGAGUACUGCCGACUAUGACACAGACUUCUAGUGGCCACGGACAAUACAAACCGCUCACACUACCUUUAUUUUUAAAUUAUAAAUAAUUAUACCCCCACGUUUUUAUACCAUAUUUUUUAUUAUUAUUAUUAUCAUUAAUGAUUUAUAAUUUUUUUUUAAUAUUACUUUUAGUCGUUUAUAUAUAUAUAUAUAUUAUACAAUUACAUAUUAAGUAUAUUAUAUUACUCGUUUUUUA